AUGAUCGGCGUCUUUGUCGUCAUUCAAUUUGUUUCUUUAUAUGCAGUUUUAACUAAUUUGAAAUAUGAUGUAAGUAUUGCUAAUAGAAAAUUUGGUAUAGUUAUAAGCACCUAUCCAAGCCAUAAAUGGCUUGCUUGUAAAAUUUUGAUUUAUGACAAUUUUGGAUACUGCCAUAAGGAUUUUAAUAGUGGAAAUAUAUUGCAAAAUAAAGUUAAUUCUUAUAUUUCAGAUUUGGAACCAUAUAUCGUUCCAGAAGUCUUGAAUGGAGAACCAUAUAUAUUAGCUUCUGAUAUCUAUAAUAUUUGUAAUGGACUUCGUCCAGAAUUUGGAAAAGGAAUUCCUGAAUUUUAUAAGAAAUUGGCUUAUAGGUGUAUGAAUGAAAAUCCAAAUCAAAGACCAACGAGCGAUGAAUUACAUGAAUUAUUGUAUUUUGCAGAUAGAUAUUAUACAAGAAUUCAAGCAAAAUGA